CUCAUGAACCGACCGGUCGUGCCACGUUCGCUUAGUGUCCGCUCCGCAAGCCAACAUUCUACAUUUGCCCUGAAUUUCGGCAUGCCCGACCAUGCCACACGCUAGUCCUGCUGCAAGAACCAUGGGCAUACUAAAUGCAGUGUUCUACGUGCAUGGCUCGCUCGGCAUGCUCGCGGGCGUCCUGCUGUGGGCUACACGCGGCCGGUUCCUGGUCCCUCGCGCAACAAGCGCAGUGACGCUGGCGACGGACGCAUUUGCGGGCGCAAUCUUCACACUCGGUCUCAUCGGGGCGCUGGUGGCGCGUCUGCCCCCCGGCGACGCCGGCAAGCGCCGCGCGGCUGCGGCCUUCGCGCUGUACCACGGGUCCGUGGUGUUCGGCUCGGCGCGGGCGGCGCUGCGGGAGGCCCGGAGGCGGCGAGGCCGCGAUGGCGCCGGCGGAGGUGCGGCGUGUGGGGCCUUGGGUGGUGCUGGUGGUGCAGGUGCGGCUGGAGCGGGUGGUGGUGGUGGGAGCGCGGCCGAUGGCGCCAGGAAGGCCCCGGAAAGGGAGGCAGCAGAGGAGGUGGUGGUGGAGGAGGAGGAGGUGCCGGUGCAGACGGGGCUGGGCAGUACGGUGCCACACGUGGUGGUGGGCGUGUGGUUCCUGGCCUGGCUGACGCGCACGGGCGCACAAGGGCGCGGCGCGUGACGACGUGGUUGCAAGCAGGGGAGGGUUAUAAGGGUUAUAAGCAGGGGAGUGUUCCAAGAAGUUCUGAGUUCUGAGCGGCUUUGUGGCAGGUGCGGUGGUACAGGGUGAUGGGCCUUAGGUUGGCAUGGUCCCGUAGUGUGCAGCGCGAUUCCAGACCUCAACAUUCAACUAAUCAAGUUGUGACGUCAAUGCAAGAGCGCGCGGAGCGGGUGAAGAGUGGAGCAGUCAUGCAAUGGGUGCACGAAAUUGAAGUACGGUACGGGUGCGGCUGGGUGCGGCUGUGCGUAACGCUGUUCGGUACUGUGUGACAUCGCAUGCGAGGGCAUCGGACAGGCGCAAUGGAAAGUUCUGCUACCGUAUUGUGCGCAGGCCCGGCUCCGAUGGAACAGAGCCGGGGCAGGCAGCUACGCCAACCUUGCCAACGAGCACUGUGCACCGGCUGAACUGAGUCAACUGACAAGCUAUCUAGCUGAGCGGGGGUAAGAUGAAGCCGGCUGGAUGUGAUGCGGCUGAGCGGGGGUGAUUGCUCAGACGUCGCCAGACCACCUGGCUGGCACCCCCGGUAGUGGCAGGCGGUAGUGUUGAGCCAAGACGGCACCUGGGCGGAAGCGCAGGCGGACCAAA